AUGCAGGACCAACUGGAUCAGGAGCUCGAGCGCAUCGAUAAGUUGCCCAAAUUGGGGCUUCUGUGGGUGGAGUACAGUGCCUACGCGCUGGGCGUUAAUAUUGCACCCAGGAAGCGCAGUUCCCAAUACUGUCGAUUAACACGCAUAGUGGUCUUGGUUGUUAACCUGAGUAUCAUAUACAGCCUCGUCGCUUUCAUUAUGGAAAACUACACGAUCUCUUUUGAGACCUACGUUGAGGCUGUUUUACUCACCUUUCAACUGAGCGUUGGUGUGGUCAAGAUGUUUCACUUUCAGAGUAAGGUAGAAUCUUGUUCAAAAUUGGUGUUUUCUACAGAGACAGGACAAGUCCUAAAGUCCCUCGGACUCUUUGAUUUGGAUUUGCCGAAGAAAAAGGAGCUUCUGAGAUCAGUGAGCUUGAUCUUGCUUGACAAUUGGUUGAUAAUCGAUCGACAGGUCAUGUUCUUCUUCAAGAUCGUCUGCAUGCCUGUGCUUUACUAUUGUGUGCGACCCUAUUUUCAGUACAUUUACGAUUGUUAUAUUGUCAAGGAUACCUGUGAAAUGACCCUGACUUACCCAGCCAUUGUUCCAUAUGUGCAACUAGGAAAGUUCGAAUUCCCCUCUUAUGUGAUUCGCUUCUUUCUACUGCAAUCUGGUCCUCUUUGGUGCUUUUUUGCUGUUUUUGGAUUCAACAGCCUAUUUGUGGUCCUCACUAGAUAUGAGUCUGGUCUUAUAAAAGUUUUACGGUUUCUGGUUCAAAAUUCUACUUCGGAUAUCCUGGUUCCCCAGCAUCUGCGAGAUAAAUAUCUUCAAUGUUGCGUGAGGCUUUUUGCUCGCAUAUCAAACCAUCAUAAUCAAAUUGAAAACCUCUUCAAGUACAUAAUCCUGGUUCAAUGCUCAGUAAGCAGUAUUUUGAUCUGCAUGCUUCUUUACAAGAUCAGCACAGUUUUGGAAGUUGGCUGGGUGUGGAUGGGCAUGAUAAUGGUCUACUUUGUAACCAUUGCUCUGGAGAUCAGCCUGUACAACGUGAGUGCACAGAAGGUAGAAACCCAGAGUGAACUUCUAUUCUACGAUUGGUACAACUGCAGUUGGUAUAAUGAGUCCAAGGAAUUCAAGUUCAUGAUCAAAAUGAUGCUGCUUUUCUCACGUCGAACUUUGGUUUUGAGUGUGGGUGGAUUUACAAGUCUCUCCCAUAAAUUCCUGGUUCAGGUCUUUCGUCUGAGCGCAAACUUCUUUCUGCUACUCCGCAACAUGAACAACAAAUAGACCAAGUUUGGUUUUUACAAAAUUACAACGUUGGAAAAGUUAUAUUUUG